AUGGAGACCUUCGCCAAGCUCGUCAUCGCCUGUGUCUUCGGUGUCGCGGCAGCGGGCGGCCGCAAUGGCUUUGGGGCUCACCACGCACUACAGCGAGGAGGUUUCCGAGGAGGGCCCUUGGUAGCAGCAGCGGCCACGCCCAGCUUUGCAGCUGCCGACGAUUCCGGCCCUCCACAACCAUACAGCUUCUCUUACGACAACACCGACGAGUUUGGAACACAACUUUUCCACAACGAGCAGGGUGAUGGCAGCAACGCCAAGAGUGGUUCCUAUGGAUAUCGGGACGCCAAUGGCCUGUUCCGCACUGUGACUUACGUUGCUGAUGAAAAUGGCUACCGUGCCACAGUGGACACCAACGAGCCCGGCACUGCCCCUGGGAAUAGCGCCGAUGCUGUCUUCAACGCUAACACAGUCGCCAACCCUGUAGCCGCAGCUGCUUCCGCGCCGGUUCCUGCAAGCUUCGCAAGGCCUGGAGCUUUUGGCGGGGCUGGCCGCUUUGGAGCUAAGGGUGCAUCGUGGUCUGGCUGA